AUGGACACGGCAAACCAGGGCCUCCGGCUGAAGAGAAGGGUGCUCAGAAAGCUCAAGAGCGGUGUCGAUCAGGAGCAGGACUACGACGACAACGACGAUGACGACGACGACGACGAGGAGGGACGCGAUGAUUCUGGGGAAGGCGUCCUUGCUACCUUGCACGAUCUCAAACGAAAAGGCGAAGAAUUAGUGGGAGGAGAGGAGGAAGCGGAAGAAGAGGAGAGCGCCGUCAGUGCCGCAUUUCUCGUCAGCUACUUUCUCGCGGGGGGAGCCGCGGGCGCUACAAGCAGAACCGUGGUGAGCCCGCUAGAAAGAUUAAAGAUCAUCAUGCAAGUACAGCCAAAGUCGAUGAAGGGCGACACGAAGCCGCACAAAGGUGCAUACAGCGGUGUUGUCUCUGGUCUCGUCAAGAUGUGGCAGGAGGAAGGCUUCAAGGGCUUUAUGCGUGGAAACGGCAUCAAUUGUCUCCGCAUAGCCCCAUACAGUGCUGUCCAGUUCUCCAGCUACGAGAUCCUGAAGAACUAUCUCAAGGACAAAGAUGGCGAGCUCGACGUGCCCAGGAGGCUCACAGCCGGUGCCUUGGCCGGGAUAGCCAGCGUCGUGUCGACCUAUCCUCUCGAUCUGGUCCGCUCCCGCAUCUCCAUUGCCAGUGCCUCUCUCUACGCCGACGCCAAAGCUGCCACCGGCUCGCUGUCUGAACCACCGGUGGACAGCAAGCCGAAGCGCAAGCCAAGCCGGGCAGAGGUGCGGCGCAUCAUCGAGGAGCGUCAGAAGAAGGUUCCUGGCAUCUGGGCCAUGACCGUCAAGGUCUACCGCGAGGAGGGUGGGAUAAGGGCACUGUAUAAGGGUUGCGUGCCCACGAGCGCUGGCGUGGCGCCCUACGUCGCCAUCAACUUUGCUGCAUACGAGGCUCUGAGGAAGCGCUUGGCCAACGAGGACGGCGAGAUCUCGACGGUUCGCAAGCUCUCCUGCGGUGCCUUGGCGGGAAGCAUCAGUCAGACGCUGACCUAUCCCCUCGAUGUCUUGCGAAGAAGGAUGCAGGUGUCGGGGAUGAAGGACAGCAAAUUGGGGUAUUCAGACAAGAGCUCUUUUGCGGCCAUCCGUACGAUUGUGACGAGAGAGGGCUUCUUUGGGCUGUACCGUGGCAUCGUCCCCAAUCUCCUCAAGGUCGCACCCUCCAUCGGGACGUCGUUUGUCACGUACGAGUUCGUGCAGCAGCUGGUGCAUCCUCAUCCGCCCCACCACCACCAUGACAACUCGAGCGAAACGAACAACGGAAAUGGGCAUUCGAAGCAUCAUUGA